AUGUUGGUGAAGGAAGAGAAAGCCAUGGCAGUGAGUGAGGAAAGUGCUGAUCCAAUAGGAACAAUUCCCUUGUUGAAGCAGCACUUUGUGCUGGUGCAUGGCAUUGGUGGAGGAGCUUGGUGCUGGUACAAAAUCCGGUGCCUUAUGGAGAAUUCUGGCUACAAGGUCUCAUGCAUAGACCUCAAGAGUGCAGGAAUCGACCAGGCUCAUGCUGAUUCUGUUCUUUCUUUUGAUGACUACAACCAACCCCUCAUGGAUUUCUUGUCUGCUUUGCCAGAAAAUGAACAGGUGAUAUUGGUGGGGCACAGUGCAGGAGGGUUGAGUGUUACCGAGGCUUGUCACAAGUUUGCCAACAAGAUCGGCUUAGCAGUGUAUGUGGCAGCAACUAUGCUCAAGUUAGGAUUCUGGACAGAUGAAGAUCAAAAACAUGGUGUACCUGACCUAUCUGAGUUUGGGGAUGUAUACCAGCUAGGAUUUGGAUUGGGACAGGAUAAGCCUCCAACCAGUGCUUUGGUGAAGAAAGAGUUUCAACGCAAAAUCAUCUAUCCUUUAAGUCCACAUGAGGAUUCAACCUUAGCUUGUAUGCUGUUGAGGCCAGGACCUAUUCUGGCACUGGCAAGUGCAAGGUUUGAAGAGGAUGGUGAAGUGGAGAAGGUGGGAAGGGUGUACAUAAGGACAAGGCAUGACAAUGUGGUGAAGGCAGAGCAACAAGAAGCCAUGAUAAAGAGGUGGCCACCAUUGAGUGUGUAUGAACUAGAUAGUGACCAUAGCCCCUUCUUCUCCACCCCUUUCCUCCUCUUUGGUUUGCUUGUAAAAGUUGCAGCUUUUGACGUUGGAUGCAACAACACCUUUCAGACUAGUCCACCCUCUUAG